AUGGGUCAUUGUUACAGCCGGAACAUCUCCGCCGUCGAGGAUGACGAGAUCCCCGUCGAAACCGGCGAGCUUCCGAAUCGACCGACGGAAAACCACCGGCAUGCUUCGAUUCCUCAGUCUCCGGUUGCCUCUGGUGCUUCCGAAGUCAACUCCUACACCAUUAGCCCAUUUCAGAGCCCGUUGCCGGCGGGAGUAGCUCCAUCACCGGCGAGAACUCCGGGAAGGAAGUUCAAGUGGCCGUUUCCGCCACCGUCACCUGCGAAGCCGAUUAUGGCGGCACUGAGACGGCGAAGAGGCACCGCGCCGCAGCCUCGCGACGAGCCGAUCCCGGAGGACAACGAAGACGUGGAGGAGGGAGGCGAAAGCGGCGGCGGAGAGAGGCUGGACAAGAAUUUCGGGUUCGGGAAGAACUUCGAAGGAAAGUACGAGCUAGGGAAGGAGGUGGGGCGAGGGCAUUUCGGUCAUACUUGUUGGGCAAAGGCGAAGAAAGGGAAGAUGAAGGGACAAACCGUGGCUGUCAAAAUCAUCUCUAAAGCUAAGAUGACAUCGGCUCUAUCCAUUGAAGAUGUUCGUCGAGAAGUGAAGUUGCUGAAAGCUUUAUCUGGGCAUAGGCACAUGGUUAAGUUCUACGAUGUAUACGAGGAUGCUGAUAACGUCUUUGUUGUUAUGGAGUUAUGUGAAGGUGGAGAGCUAUUGGACAGAAUCUUGGCGAGAGGUGGUCGAUACCCUGAAGUCGAUGCCAAGCGUAUCCUCGUGCAGAUUUUGUCUGCAACAGCGUUUUUCCACCUUCAAGGUGUGGUGCACCGUGAUCUGAAGCCGGAGAAUUUUCUCUUUACAAGCAGAAAUGAGGAUGCAGUACUCAAGGUCAUAGAUUUUGGCUUGUCUGAUUUCAUUAGAUACGGUAAUCAGCGUCUCAAUGAUGUUGUAGGAAGUGCAUACUACGUUGCACCUGAAGUACUCCAUAGGUCUUACAGCACUGAAGCAGAUAUGUGGAGCAUCGGUGUCAUAAGCUACAUCCUACUCUGUGGAAGCAGGCCUUACUAUGGAAGAACUGAGUCUGCGAUAUUCCGAUGUGUGCUUAGAGCAAACCCUAAUUUCGAGGAUAUGCCCUGGCCUUCGAUAUCUCCUACUGCCAAAGACUUUGUGAAAAGGCUUCUGAAUAAGGACCAUAGGAAACGAAUGACCGCUGCUCAAGCCCUAGCUCAUCCGUGGUUACGUGAGGAAAACCCUGGUUUGCUUCUUGAUUUCUCGGUCUACAAGUUGGUCAAGUCAUACAUUCGUGCCUCGCCUUUCAGACGAUCUGCACUUAAGGCUCUCUCCAAAGCUAUACCGGAUGAGGAACUUGUGUUCCUUAAGGCACAGUUCAUGCUCCUGGACCCUAAAGAUGGAGGCCUGUCUCUUAACUGUUUCACAACGGCUUUAACAAGAUAUGCUACUGAUGCUAUGAUGGAAUCAAGGCUUCCUGACAUUUUAAACACGAUGCAACCGCUGGCACACAAGAAGCUCGACUUUGAAGAGUUCUGUGCGGCUGCGGUCAGCGUUUACCAACUGGAGGCUCUUGAAGAAUGGGAACAGAUUGCAACUUCAGCGUUUGAACACUUUGAACACGAAGGAAACCGAGUCAUAUCGGUGCAAGAACUUGCCGGGGAGAUGAGCGUGGGACCAAAUGCGUAUCCUCAGCUCAAGGAUUGGAUCCGGAGUUCGGAUGGAAAGCUGAGUUUCUUGGGCUACGCAAAGUUCUUGCAUGGCGUGACCGUACGAAGCUCGAGCUCAAGACCUAGGUGA